CGCCAGAGCAAGAUGGCCGACACGGCGGCCACUGCCGGGGCCGGUGGCUCCGGAACGAGAUCAGGAAGUAAACAAUCCACUAACCCUGCUGACAACUACCAUCUGGCCCGGAGGCGAACCCUUCAAGUGGUUGUGAGCUCCUUGUUGACAGAGGCAGGGUUUGAGAGUGCUGAGAAAGCAUCCGUGGAAACAUUGACAGAGAUGCUGCAGAGCUACAUUUCAGAAAUCGGGAGGAGUGCCAAGUCCUACUGUGAGCACACAGCCAGGACGCAGCCCACACUGUCAGACAUCGUGGUCACGCUUGUUGAGAUGGGUUUCAAUGUGGACACCCUCCCUGCUUAUGCAAAACGGUCUCAGAGGAUGGUCAUCACUGCCCCUCCAGUGACCAAUCAGCCGGUGACCCCCAAGGCCCUCACUGCAGGGCAGAACCGACCCCACCCGCCGCACAUCCCCAGCCAUUUUCCUGAGUUCCCUGACCCCCACACCUACAUCAAAACUCCGACGUACCGUGAGCCCGUGUCGGACUACCAGGUCCUGCGGGAGAAGGCUGCAUCCCAGAGACGAGACGUGGAGCGGGCACUCACCCGAUUUAUGGCCAAGACAGGCGAGACCCAGAGUCUUUUCAAAGAUGACGUCAGCACGUUUCCAUUGAUCGCUGCCAGGCCUUUUACCAUCCCCUAUCUGACCGCCCUUCUUCCAUCGGAGCUGGAGAUGCAACAGAUGGAAGAGACAGAUUCCUCGGAGCAGGAUGAGCAGACAGACACAGAGAACCUCCCUCUUCAUAUCAGCACGGAUGAUUCUGGAGCCGAGAAGGAGAACACCUCUGUCCUGCAGCAGAACCCCUCCUUGUCGGGCAGCCGGAAUGGGGAGGAGAACGUCAUCGAUAACCCCUAUCUGCGGCCUGUGAAGAAACCCAAGAUUCGCAGGAAGAAGUCGCUCUCGUGAGCUGAGAAGGAAGCCUGCCUUGUACAGAGACGCGGACACCACUCUCCUGGGGCAGUUAAAGCCACUGGAGGGAAGAAGAGAGGGUGGCCUCCUCAAGGUCAAGCCAAGGCAGCCGGUGUGACUGGGCAUGAUUUUAAUAGCAAACUCAAAUAUUAAGACCACCUGUUUUCACUGGAUAUUUGGGUGGAGGAAGACAUGAUGGUAAUGAUCAGACUUUCUGAAUCCACCUGAGUGACUUCAGUUAUUGUCACAGAACUUGAUUCCUUUGAAUCCUGGAAGACCAGGCAUGUGCAGAUAAGUCACACACACAGGAGUUAGAGUGAUGCAUAAGGGUAGCCCUCUCUCCUGGGAGAUUGAUCACUGGCUGUCCCUCUGUGGGAUGUGUGCUUGGGAACUACCCACUAAGUCCUGCUCCAUCCUGGGAAAAGAGGUUUUCUCUGAUAAGAGCCCUAAUCAGUGGAUAUAUUAUUUUGUGACUUGUAGAGGAAUCACCGAUUGUAAACAACAGGAAAAGGAUUUGAUGGCAGGGUUGGGCGGGGGGUUAGAAUUUGAGGGAUGGACCUGACCGGUCUGCUGGAAGGCUAGCGUGGACCGAAGGCUGUGGUCCCACCUUAUGGCAGAAGUGGGCUGAGAGGAGCCUGCAGGCCAAGCCAGGGUAUUCUUCCAGAAGCAGGUCUGAAUCUGAUCAACCUCUUUUCUUUCUGGGGAGAGAGGACUUCGUCCUUGAUGUACCCUACAAACCAAAACAAAAAAAGCAAGUGUUAAGGAAGAUACUGGGCAAGCUGAUACCCUUUGGCUGGUCUCCAAAGGAAGAGAUUUAAAAACCCAAGUCCAAAGAAGAAAAAUGCCAGCAACACCUGGAAGUUAACACAGGAUAAACAAGUUGUUCCUUGGGUUAGUGUCCUAAGGUCCGUAUCGAACUUUCCCGAUGCUCUACUUCCAGAGUCAUCUCUUAAUCUUCCAUGCUCUAGGUGAAUUUGAAAACUUGAAGAACUUGAAGGCAGGUUCCACGUUCCUCCGGCCUCACUCUUGCCCUAGGGCCCUCCAUCCCAUUGCCUGGAGGCAAAGGAGCUGCUUGUCAGUCACUGAAGAUGGCAUGCCAGGGAGAUAUUUGGGUUCCCCCACUCCGGACCAAAUAAGCAUUCAGGUUUGCAGUGGCCUGAAACUCUUCGACUGGACAGCAGUCAGAGCGGGCCUUUGCUGAGUUUGUGAUUCGGCUCGUGGCGAUUCUUGGCCGGUUGAGUUUACAGGCCCAGGUUUGAGCUCUGGCAGGUGCAGGGCUGAGACCUUGCCGGCUUGCUGUUCGCUCUCGGGGCAGCCACCCCUGUCAGCAUUUCUGCACUUCCUCUUUCGCCAUUACUGUCCAAAACCAGCACCUGCCCCAUGCCACAAAUCUGAGGGAAGAGGAGGCGGGUUUGGGAAAGAGUUGCUACUUCUGCUGUUGAGAUUGGAGGCCCGAAUUCUGGAUGCGAGGCCCUGGGAGAUGAUUAGACAGCUUGAAACACUGACCCGACUGUUGAUGUGUAAAAACUGUGUAUAAUUCUCAAUGUAUAUUUAUAAAUUUCUAUUUUUUAUAACUUUGGGAGACUUCUUGGAGGGAAAACGUAGUAAACAGAGCCAGAUUAAGGACGUGAUUUAUGAGCUCUUAAUCAAAGGUCAUAAUAAAAGCUUUGCAAAUG